AUGUCUACUACUUUUAAUGUGUUUAGAAUGAACUUUGAUAAUCUUGGAGGGAGUGGAGGGGAUUAUAUUUUAAUAUUCGACGGGAUACUUUGGGGACAGGGUCCUUAUUAUUGUGGCGUUGGUGCGGACAAAGCCUAUGGCCGUGACAUUGUGGAUUCUCACUACAAAGCUUGUUUAUUUGCUGGAAUCAAUAUCAGUGGUAUCAAUGGAGAAGUCAUGCCUGGACAGUGGGAAUUUCAAGUUGGUCCGGCAGUCGGCAACUCUGCCGGAGAUGAAUUGUGGGUGGCACGUUACAUUUCAUGCUUUUGUCAAGAUUUAUCAACUUUUGUUACUCAAUUCGAGUGUUUGAUCUCUGUUUCUGAAUUACAGAGGAUUACUGAGAUUGUUCGAGUGGUGCUCUCGUUCGAUCCCAAACCAAUCCAGGGAGAUUGGAAUGGUGCCGACGCUCACACCAAUUACAGUACAAAGUCCAUGAGAAGUGAUGGAGGUUACGAGGAUAGCAAGAAAGCAAUUGAAAAGCUUGGACUAAGGCACAGGGAACACAUUGCUGCCUAUGGAGAAGGCAAUGAGCGGCGUCUCACGAGACCGCCGGCAUCAAGACUUUCUUAUUGUUUAUGUGGUUUGCUAUCUCCACAAAAUGUUCAUACAAUGUUCUUUUAUGUUCCAACUCUUGGACAGGAUGUUGCAAACCGUGGGGCAUCGAUUCGUGUCGGCCGAGACACUGAGAAGGCCAGAAAAGGGUAUUUCGAAGACAGGAGGCCAGCUUCGAACAUGGAUCCAUAUGUUGCGACUUCCAUGAUUGCAGAAACCACCAUCCUGUGGAAACCAUGA